UCUUAGCCACUGCCGGUUUUGUAACCAUAAUUUUUUUCGUUCUGAAUUUAAUUUGUUGAUUUUCGUUGGUAACAAAUGUCGCUGCUACUGCAACGAGCUGCAAAACUCAUAACGCGUAAUACGCUGCCCCUGAAAGCUGCAAGCAGAUGUUGCUACUCCAAAGAUACGAUUUUGGGUGACGGCAGCGAAGUGCUAGUGGAGCGCCUGGAAGGCAACCAGAAGGGCAUAACAGUGUUGGGACUAAAUAGGCCGGCUGCGAAAAAUGCUUUCAGUCGUGGCCUGGUUAACACGUUCACUGAUAUUCUGCAGGAAAUCAAGCGGGACAACGGUUCUAGAGUAGUUGUGCUGCGCAGUCUCACGCCAGGCAUCUUUUGUGCAGGGGCAGAUUUGAAAGAACGUAAAGGUAUGACCCCUGAGGAGACCAGCGAAUUUGUGACCCAGCUGCGUGGCCUGCUCAUUAGCAUUGAGCAGCUGCCCAUGCCUGUAAUUGCGGCACUCGAUGGCGCUGCCUUGGGCGGCGGCCUAGAAAUGGCCCUGGCCUGUGACAUACGCACAGCUGCCACGAAUGCAAAGAUGGGUCUGGUGGAGACGCGAUUAGCUAUUAUACCGGGCGCUGGUGGCACUCAGCGUUUACCACGGAUACUCUCGCCCGCACUGGCCAAGGAGCUGAUAUUCACAGCUCGUGUACUGGACGGUGCCGAGGCCAAGCAACUGGGUCUGGUCAAUCAUGUGGUGGAGCAGAAUGAAACAAAGGAUGCGGCUUAUCAGCAGGCUGUCAAGCUGGCCGAGGAAAUACUGCCCAACGGACCGGUGGGCGUGCGCAUGGCCAAACUGGCCAUAGACAAGGGCAUGCAGGUGGACCUGAAUACAGGCUACUCAAUCGAGGAGGUGUGCUAUGCACAGGUCAUACCCACCAAGGAUCGUCUCGAAGGACUGGCAGCCUUUGCCGAGAAACGCAAGCCGGUCUACAAGGGCGAAUAGGCUUGACCUAACAGAGGCUGGCUCUAAGCCAAAGCAGUGCAUUUAUUAGAUUGUUAUUCAACUAUUUUUUUCUGUUAUUUUUUGAAAUGAAUUUAAAUAAUAACUAAUGCAAACGUAGAGCUUUAU